AUGUCAGCGCUUUCUCUUCAGCUUCAUACCGCACUCCCCCGACGCAAGUUGCUGCUUGUGGUUAUGGACGGUGUCGGUAUUGGUCCUGGCGAUGAGUACGACGCGGUCCACGUUGCCAAAACGCCCUUUAUUGACUCGAUGUGCGCCGACGCAAAGCACUUUCGUUCCGUCUGCGCUCAUGGCACUGCAGUGGGGCUCCCCACAGACGCGGAUAUGGGGAACAGUGAGGUGGGGCACAACGCACUUGGUUCAGGCCGUGUUGUGUUGCAGGGAGCCUCCCUUGUUGACGAUGCCAUCAAAACUGGUGAGAUUUUUACCAGCGAUGGCUACCGUUACCUUCACGGCGCCUUCUCGCAGCCAGGUCGCACCCUUCACUUGAUUGGCUUGCUAAGUGACGGCGGUGUUCACUCCCGCGACAACCAGCUCUAUGAGAUCAUCAACCAUGCCAGUUCGAAUGGAGCGAAGCGUAUUCGUCUGCAUGUCCUCUAUGAUGGCCGUGAUGUGCCUGAUAAGAGUUCAUUCAAAUUCACUGACGAUCUGGAAUCUGUCCUUGAAAAGGCUCGUGCAAAGGGUUGUGAUGCCCGCAUUGCAAGCGGUGGUGGUCGCAUGUUUGUCACGAUGGAUCGUUACGAGGCAGACUGGUCUGUAGUCGAGCGUGGCUGGAGGGCGCAAGUGUUGGGUGAGGCAAGGGCCUUCGCUUCUGCUGGUGAGGCCAUCAAAACAUUCCGCAAAGAGGACCCAAAUGUUUCGGAUCAGUACUAUCCACCUUUCAUCAUCAGCGACGUGGACGGCAAAGCCAUUGGCCCUAUUGAGGAUGGCGAUGCUGUGCUUUGCUUUAACUUCCGUGGCGAUCGUGUCAUUGAGAUGUCCCGUGCCUUUGAGGAAGAGGAUUUUGAUAAAUUCAACCGUGUUCGUGUUCCCAAGGUGCGCUACGCUGGCAUGAUGCGAUACGACGGCGAUCUGGGUAUUCCUAAUAAUUUUUUGGUGCCGCCACCCAGGCUUUCUCGGACGAGCGAGGAAUAUCUCGUUGGCUCUGGAUGCAAUAUCUUCGCCUGCUCCGAGACACAAAAAUUUGGCCACGUGACGUAUUUCUGGAACGGCAACCGCAGUGGAAAGUUGGAUGAGGAGCACGAGACGUUCUUUGAGAUUCCCAGCGAUCGUGUACAGUUCAAUGAAAAACCCCUCAUGAAGAGCAAAGAAAUCACCGAGGCGGCAAUUGAGGCAUUGAAGAGUGGCAAGUACGAUGUCGUGCGCAUCAAUUUCCCCAAUGGUGAUAUGGUGGGACACACGGGUGACCUCGCAGCGACGGUCACCGCUGUUGAGGCAGUGGACGCAUCAUUACAGCGGCUGAAGGAAGCCGUUGAUGCUGUUAACGGCGUUUUCCUCAUUACCGCAGAUCACGGCAACUCCGACGACAUGGCGCAGCGCGACAAGAAGGGGAAGCCAAUCCUUGGUAAAGACGGAAAAGUACUUCCGCUCACAUCGCAUACACUCGCGCCUGUUCCUGUGUUCAUUGGUGGUGCCGGGCUGGAUGCACGUGUGCAGAUGCGCACGGGCCUCCCUAAGGCCGGGCUGGCGAAUGUGACAGCGACCUUUCUGAAUCUGAUGGGAUUUACUGCUCCGACGGACUACGAGCCAUCACUCAUUGAGGUGAUCCCGAACUGA